AUGGAAUCCGCAAUGAGAUGCAACGUGAGCGAGAUGUGGAGCACCAAGAUGCCCAAGGGACUGGACUUGGAGAUCUCCCAUCAUCCACUGACCAUGAAACGUGUGGCCAACCUCAUCAUCGCCAUGGAGAGACUUAAGGACAACGUGUCAGAGUCAGUGUUGAGCACCGAGUUCAGAGAUGAACACCUGCUUGACAUCAUGUUUGAAAGCAUUGUAGAAGAGCAAAUUGUGUUCGAGUGUGAGUCAGCUGCACCAGGUCAGUUCAGCAGGACGGGCGAACACGAGUGCAGUGUGACUGACAGCCAGAAGAGGAGCUUGGUACUGGUUCAGGACAGCAUGGAGCUCCACGCUGUGAUGCUGCAAGGAGGCAGUGACAACCGCAAAGUUCACUUGAACAUGUCAACUUACGUGCACCCUGCACCGAGCGCUGAGGCCCGACCUGUGGCUCUGGGAAUCAAGGACACAAAGUUCUACCUGUCGUGUCACAAAGUUGGUGACCAGCCAACCCUGCAUCUGGAGACGGUGGAGGACAAAAAAAGCCUGAAGAGCAUCAGCUCGGGUAGCGACAUGGAGCGGUUUCUCUUCUACAAACAGGACACUGGAGUGAAUGUCAGCACUCUCAUGUCUGCCAGUUUCCCCAACUGGUACAUAAGCACAGCUGGGCAAGACAACAAGCCCUUGGAAAUGUGCUUGCAGACCGCCAACCGCUACCGCACCUUCAACAUCCAACGUCAAGGUUAA